AUGGCUACGCAAGUUGCGAAUGUGACUGCCACAAAUGGCACAAAGACCGAUGGCAAAAUCAAGUCGAAGAACCAGCUUCGUCGGAUGAAGGCCAAGGCGAAGAAGGCGGAGGAAAAGGCAACCGUGAAUGGGACACCAGAUGAAGACGUCAAGAUGGAGGAGGACAAGCCACAGAAUGUUGAGUACGUAUCUGAGCAGUUGGACGUAAAAGAUCCAGCUCUCGAAGCAUUCUCCAACGUCUUUGCUCGUUUUCAGGCUCCCGCUGAGACGACAACACCAUCAAAAGGAGAGGUCAUCUACUCAGAUGACGACAUGGCAUCCGAGGGUGACUCAGAUGCAGAGGAGAAGAAGCCCUUGUCAAAGAAGAAGGCGCGCAAGAUGAACAGACUUACGGUUGCAGAGCUCAAGCAGCUUGUGAAGAAGCCCGAAGUCGUCGAGUGGACAGACGUCACGGCCGCCGACCCACGACUCCUCUUGCACCUGAAGAGCUACAGAAACACGGUUCCUAUCCCUGCCCACUGGAGCGCUAAGCGCGAUUACCUCCAGGGCAAGCGUGGUAUCGAGAAGCCGCCAUUCCAACUCCCCUCCUACAUCGCGGACACGGGCAUUGCGACCAUGCGAGACGCUAUUAAAGAAAAGGAGGCCAACAUGACGCUCAAGGCGAAGACUCGCGAACGUGUACAGCCAAAGAUGGGCAAGGUGGACAUUGACUAUCAAAAGCUACACGACGCGUUCUUCAAGUUCAUGACAAAGCCUAAUGUAACGGGUUUCGGAGAGAUGUACUACGAGGGCAAGGAGUUCGAGACGCAGUUGAAGCAUAAACGUCCGGGAGAUCUUUCGCCUGAGCUUGUCGAAGCAUUGUCAAUACCGCCACUCGCGCCACCACCGUGGUUGAUUAGCAUGCAGCGUUUUGGUCCCCCGCCUAGUUAUCCCACUCUCCGGAUACCUGGACUGAACGCUCCCAUACCGGAAGGAGCGCAAUGGGGUUUCCACCCCGGCGGUUGGGGCAAGCCUCCCCUCGAUGAGUACAACCGACCGCUCUACGGUGAUGUCUUCGGGGUUUUGCCCAAAAACACCGAUGCCGACAUGGGUGAGCCCGUUGACCGCAACCUGUGGGGUGAACUCGAGCCGGAAGAGGAGGAAGAAGAGGAGGAGGAGGAGAGUUCAGAGGAAGAGGAGGAAGAGGAGCAACACCCGAUGCCCGUCGACGGAACGCAGACACCGUCGGGUCUCGAGACACCGUCCGGCAUGGCAAGUGUCGUGUCGACAGUCGCCGGUGGACUCGAGACGCCAGACUUCUUGGAGCUCCGGAAGAACGCUACGCGCUCCACAUCGGAAGCGGAGAGUGGCCCGAGGUCACUCUACCAGGUCGUGCCGGAGAAGCAGACGUCCGUUCGGGGUCUCAUGGGCAGCGAGCGUGGGUACGACGUCAGCGCGGUCACUUCCGGAGGCGCUAUCCCCGUUAUCGGGAACGAGGAGCGGAGCAAUAAGCGCCGCGGUACCGGUGUGGACGUAUCGAUCGACGCGGCGGAGCUGGAGGGCAUGUCGACAGAGGAUUUGCGGCGCAAGUAUGAUCAGCACUCGCGUGGUUCUGCGGGCGUGCCUGGCUCCAAGGAAGACUUCUCAGAUAUGAUAGCGAAGGAGAUGGCGAACAAGAAGCAGAAGGCAGACAGGGACAGGGAGCGACGAAAGGAAAAGGAUUUCAAGUUUUGA